AUGGGAAUAGAACUUUGCGUAGCCAAGGCGAUGAUCAACAGGACUCCAUAUCAUAGACCUAUUGGGGGUAUAAGCCUUGCUAGCAUUAAACGAUGCAGGAAGACUUUAUACAGUGUGCCUUCCAGCGAUAGGCAGCGAGAUUGGGUCCUAAACUGCUCAGGAAUUCGUAGUGUUGGACCAUUGAAGCAAGGAGCAAAAAGGGAAUCCGUCGAAGGGGUUUUGGAGCAUGAAAGGUGGAGCCAGAGACGGAGACGAGACAAGAGACCGUCCGACAGGAGUCGUCGUCCGAGAAACAUGCAGCAGCAAGGCUGGGGUGAUAAACCGCAGCUCUUUAAUUUGAAAGUCCAGCAGAGCCCCAGGCACCAACAAGGCAGAACCCCGGAUGGCCGCACCUGA